GACUCAGGCACAGCUGCCAUGACAGGGUACAGAGAUCAUGAGGAGCAGAAGACAAUGGUGCCUCUAGCCACGAGUCUGGUAAAAUUCACUCAUUGUGAGAAAGACAUUUACAGCAGUUUUGUUCCGCAGAAGUGUCCUAUCUGUGGGGGAAAUCCAGUGAGCUCCUGGGACGUGGAGCAGGCUCCGAUCACCAUUCCCUGCCCUUUCAGCAAUGCACACAGUGAGAAAUGCUGCUUUGUACUCAAGCCAACACAAGGCCGGUUUAUAGGUGAAUAUGAUGGCUUUUCAGACCUCCAUGUUGGGAUUACCAGUUCUAAAGGAAUUGUUCAUCAUUACAAUGAAUCAGGAAUCCACAAAGACAGUACAGGCUGGGAACAAUGUGUGAGUGUACCACUAGUUCCACCAGAUCAGUACGCUCUGAUCCACCAAUGGGAUUCCUAUCUAGAAGAGAUCUCAUCUGCUGGGAAAUGGCUUUCUUACCGAUAUGAUGAACAAAACCACAACUGUUACACUUUUGCUCUGACAUUUAUCAAUAGCCUGCUGCAUCUGCAGGGGAUGAAAACUUUCAGCAAAGAUGAAUUUACAGAAAAAUUUGUGUUGCCAAGAACUCGACGAGCCUCAAAAUACAUCACCCUGUGUCACCAGGUGACCAAGAACGCUUUUUACAUCACUGAUCAGUUCAGAAACUCCAUCCUCGGAUGA